GCUUUGUGAUACCUCACACUCGAAAGGGUCAGAGCCUUGUCACAAGCUCCGCAAUCACCUACUAUCACCCUAUCUACGCCUCAAAAUUUCUCUUCUCCUUCCUAAUCCCGUCAUUCCCUUUUUUCCCAGCCUCUCAUCCCUGCCAGCCGUCAUAAUCCGUGCCCCUCACUUCUUCCCAGCAAUCAUUUUAUAAACCCCUCCAUCCGCGCCAAUAAACAAUGGCGCCAGACCUAAAUUCCUUACCACCUUCACGGUCCAUACCAUCUCCAUCUUCAAUAUCCAUGAGUCGAACGGCUAGUGUGUCAGAGGCUUCAGCCUUGCGAACCCAAACACCAUCACCUUCUUCAAGAACCGCUUCCACAUCCCUCCAAGCUGCUGCUACAGUGAAUGCUGGUCUGCAACAUGAGACCACCAGGCGUAUGUUUGCUACUUAUUACUCAGAGCCUGAAGUGGAAGGACCCAACCACUAACAAAAUGACAGGUUCUUCUGGCAGUUUACCCAGCAGAAACAGACAAACAUCCCACCCAGGCAGAAGACGCUCAACUGUACUCAUGAAUCUGCAACUGAACGAUCCGAGCUUGCCCCCGCCAGGAGAGAUGGUCAACGAAGGACCUAUUUCCAAUCUCCGUACGAGCCGUCCGCAUUCUCUAACUGGAUCGCCUACUAUACCUUUUAGAGACCCGCAUCAUAAUCGAGCUCCGAGUUUGGGGGAGAUACACCAAGAAAUAGAGCAGGAACAAGAGGCACAAGUGGUAUGAUUGGAAGUCACGCUAUAGAGGGAAUUAUGCUGAUCCAAUUUCAGAAUCGUCUUCUCCACAUGAUUCGGACACAACAGCAGCAGCUUCAAGCACUUCAGGCAGCUAGUGGUCAACCCCAAACGAAUCCCUUAGCCAUCGAUGAUUCCACUCCAACCUCUGAGCGUGCUAUGUCCUUUACGCAAGCUACUGCGCCACUACCACAAUCCUCUACCUCAACUCCAAGAUCCCCAUCGAUAGCCCUACACCCCCGAAGUUCAUUCGACCUGGUACGAACAGAUAUUGCUCAUCGAAGAUCGAGAACGCCGAGCCGAAACGCAUCUCCAAGAAUGAGAGCUACAUCAAUGAGUGGCGAGGGAGAUUCUGUCAACUUUGGCGGACGAGAUGAGAGUGCUUUCUAUCAGGCAGAAACACAAAUGAUGAUUCGUGAAAACCAAAUGCUACGACAGAGAAUCAGAGAAUUGGGUUAGUCUUUCCUCGAACUUGCGUCCCGAGAGUGUGUGGAAUUCGGAUGACAACUAACUAUGAAAAUAGAGCGUCAAGUUAGCGAGCAGCACUCGAACUCCAACAUCACCCGCGAACCUGCUACUCCAUCGCAUCUACUUCGUUCUACCUCCAUUUCUGAAGGGCCUACUACAGGUGCAGCAGUGGAUAAUAAGGACGAGUGAGGAUUGUAAUUUAUAGUGUUGUAGCAUUUCAAUCAAGACUGCAGGGCUUAGGCGUUCGGAUAGGAACUGGACCGGAAAGGUAAUUUUCAGUCUAUGCGAUCAUGAAUCGAAGACUAUAUGGAGUUCUCUCUUAUAAUACGGGGUGCUUGGGAAAUUUGCAUUGCUGAUGAAAUUGCUUGGUGGAGU